UUUGGAAACAUUUGGGCUGGGCAGUAGCCCACCCUGCCCUUGGCAUUGAACCGCCAAGAACAUACCGUUGAGAGACCAAACUGCGACGACACCAAACGGUGCGUUUUCGGAGACCACUUAUUCGUCCACCCAAUUCAACCUCCUCGUCUUCGUAGAUCUGCAUCUUUCUCAUCUCUAGCACACAAUUUGACACACCGUUUAACAAAUCAUCAUCAUCGGCACGGGCAUAGACGUCAGAUCUUCGCCGUAGAUCUGAAAAUGGUGCUGGUCUCAGCCGUACGGGAUUACAUAAGCCGGAUGUUGCAGGACAUCUCCGGCAUGAAGGUUCUCAUCCUCGAUUCCCACACGGUUAGUAUAGUGAGUGUGGCGUAUUCGCAAUCCGAGCUUCUUCAGAAAGAAGUGUUUUUGGUGGAAUUGGUUGACUCCAUUUCCAAGUCCAGAGAAUCCAUGUCUCAUCUCAAAGCCGUUUACUUCCUUGCACCCACUUCAGAGAAUAUCCAGUAUUUGCGCCGGCACUUGGUUGCUCCUAGGUUUGGAGAGUAUCACCUGUUUUUCUCCAACAUAUUGAAGGAUACCCAGAUUCAUAUUUUAGCUGAUUCAGAUGAGCACGAAGUUGUGCAGCAACUUCAGGAGUUCUAUGCAGACUUUGUUGCCAGCGAUCCUUACCAUUUCACUUUGAAUGUGCCAUCAAAUCACAUUUAUAUGCUCCCAGCGGUUGUAGAUCAUUCAAAUUUGCAGCGCUUCUCUGAUCGAAUUGUUGAUGUUUUGAGGAUCUUUUCUAUUGAGAGCUAUGAUAAUAUAAUAAACUCACACACACUACACUAGGAGAAGCUGAUGUACCAGCAGGAAAGUGGACUUUUUGAUUUCAGACGAACAGAAAUUUCUCCAUUGUUGCUGGUAAUUGAUAGGAGGGAUGAUCCUGUAACCCCAUUGCUGAAUCAGUGGACCUAUCAGGCAAUGGUUCACGAAUUGAUUGGUAUUCAAGACAACAAAGUGGACUUAAGAACCAUUGGCAAAUUUCCAAAAGAUCAACAGGAGGUUGUGCUAUCAUCAGAACAAGAUGGUUUUUUCAAAAAGAACAUGUACGAGAACUUUGGUGAUAUUGGGAUGAACAUCAAGCAGUUGGUUGAUGAAUUUCAGCAAAUUUCAAAGAGUAACCAGAACAUUCAGACGAUAGAGGACAUGGCCAAAUUUGUUGACAAUUACCCUGAGUACAGAAAGAUGCAUGGAAAUGUUUCAAAGCAUGUGGCACUGGUUACAGAAAUGAGCAAACUAGUUGAAGAGAGAAAACUUAUGUUAGUUUCACAGACAGAACAGGAGUUGGCUUGCAAUGGUGGGCAGGUGGCAGCUUUUGAGGCAGUGACAAAUCUAUUAAACAAUGAAAGUGUAUCCGAUAUUGAUCGCCUACGACUUGUCAUGUUGUAUGCUUUGCGCUAUGAGAAGGAAAGCCCUGUGCAACUGAUGCAAUUAUUUAACAAACUGUCUUCUAAGUCUGCCAAGUACAAGCCUGGGCUUGUCCAGUUUCUCUUGAAGCAAGCGGGUGUGGAUAAGCGAACUGGGGAUCUUUAUGGAAAUCGAGAUUUCUUAAAUAUUGCACGUAACAUGGCUCGGGGGUUGAAGGGGGUUGAGAAUGUGUACACACAACACCAGCCUCUUCUCUUCCAAACUAUGGAAAGCAUCACCAAGGGACGACUGAGAGAUGUGGACUACCCAUUUGUUGGAAAUCACUUUCAGCAGGGCAGGCCUCAAGAAGUUGUGAUUUUCAUUGUUGGAGGAACAACAUACGAGGAGUCUCGCUCUGUAGCUUUACAAAAUUCUAUGAAUACUGGAAUUCGUUUUAUACUUGGUGGUUCUGCGAUUCUCAAUUCUAAGAGGUUCUUGAAAGAUUUGGAAGAAGCUCAGAGAGUAGCUCGGAUUAGCAAUGCCGUCUGAAUUUUGGGUUCUUGUAUAUCUUUCAUUUCAAGAGCCAUGUGCACAAGUGUUUGUGGAUGUAUACAGGUGUUUAGAUAUGGUCACCAGCUAUAAUAUCAAAAAUUGCCACACAUGCUUGAGGGUUCAUCAGAAUCACCCUCUGUUCCUGCAGAACACACGGCCUUUUCGUUACCAUUUUGUUGGAGUAAUUACUGAAGGGGAUUUGUACCCCAUAAAUUUGGAGGGUAAGAUCUAACAGCAGUUUCCCUCCCUACCAUAAGAAGCAUAGAAAAGAAUGAGAUCUCACAUCUUUGCACCAAUUUUUUCACUAACCAAGCCGGAUACCCUAGGACUUAAUUAACAUGUACUUUCUUGCCUUGUUCAGAAGAAGCUUGUCAUACAUGAAAUCUCCCUAUUCUUUUUAUUUUAAUAUACAUAUUACUGUAUCAAUGCAGUUUGUACUUGAGAUAUUGUGAGAGAUCAACAAAGUAUCGAUUUACAGUAU